GUGCCGGGACAAGAUGGCGGCGCCGAGCAAGCAAUAUGGGCUCAUUUUGCCCCAAAAAACACAUCAGAAAAAUCUUGUUACGAAGAAACUUUCGGUGUUUGCAGAUGACUCUGAUGAAGAGACAACUGUUGGUCAAAGUCUUCAGAAAGAAGCAUUGAAAAAACAAGCAAUGAAACAGACUAAACUGGAGAUUCAGAAGGCUUUGGCUGAAGAUGCUACAGUGUAUGAAUAUGACAGUAUUUAUGAUGAAAUGCAGCAGAAGAAGAAAGAAAUCAAUGCCAAAAUAUUAUCAGGAAAAGAUGAGAAAAAGCCCAGAUACAUCCAAAAUAUCCUCAAAGCAGCUGAGAUUAGGAAGAAGGAACAAGAAAAAAGGAUGGAAAGAAAAAUUCAGAAAGAGCGUGAAAUGGAAGGAGGACAGUUUGCUGACAAAGAGGCCUUUGUGACUUCAGCCUAUAAAAAGAAGCUGCAAGAAAGGGCUGAGGAGGAGGAAAGAGAAAGAAGGGAAGCAGCUCUGGAGGCCUACCUGGAUGUGACCAAACAGAAGGAUCUCAGUGGAUUUUACAGACAUCUUCUAAAACAGCAAGUGGGGGAAGAAGAGAUGCCUAAAUGCAGCUUCCGUGAAGCCAGGAUAAAGGAAGAAAAACCUAACAAUGAUUAUGAUGAAUCCAUUGAAAGAAACAAAGGCCCAGAUGAAAGACUAAGGCUGAAGCCUUCUGUUAAGGAAGAAGAUAAUGCAGAUGCUGACACCGAUUUAGGAAGUGAUAGUAGUGAUGAUGAAAGGAGACGUAAAAAUAGUAAAGUAAAAUUGAAGCAAAAAGAGAGGCGAAACAGCUCUGUGAGCAGUGAAGAGGAGUCUAAGCAUGACAAGAACCGGAGGCGUUCGAGGUCACCAGGCUCAUCCAGUGAGGAGGACGAGCUGCACACGAAAGCACAGACGAGUCAUCCAAAGAGGGGCGAGAGCAGAACAGGCAGACUGGGAAAUGAUGAACUGGACAGGGAAAAAGAUAACGAGAGAAGGAGUAGGACCCAGGGAAAGGAUCACCAAAGGGAAAAGGAAGAGCGGCACAGAUACGGAGAUCAUACUAGUAGGGACGACUACAGAAGGAGAGAAGAGCAAGAUGAUAAACACAGGGGGAAGGAAAGAAAAGAGAGGGAGGGACAUAGCAGAGAAUGGAGGAAAGCAAAGGAGAGAGAUGAGAAGUGCUCAGAGCGAGAAAAAGAGAGAUUAAGAAAUGGUAAAGAUAAAUACAGUGAUAGAGAGAAGGAGAGGGAAGAGAAGUACAGAGAAAAAGAAGAUCAUAUGAAAGAGAAAUAUGGUAGCGAUGAGAAGAAGCACAGACACAGGAGGGAAAGGAGUCCUGCAUCUUCAGAAAAAGACAGAGGGGCUGACGUAGAUAAGCACACAAAAGGAAAAGAGAGAGAGGUGGAUGAGAAGAGCAGCUCCAGCUCUGGAAUUUUGUCUGAGCCAAAACGUAAAGCUGGAGAAGAAGGAGAGAAAGAGGAGAAAGAGCAGGCACAGAAACCGCCUGAGAGCGUGAGCAAAUUUGCCAAGCGGAGCAAUGAAGAGACAGUCAUGUCAGCCAGGGAUCGCUAUUUGGCCAGGCAAAUGGCACGUGUCGGUGCAAAAUCCUACAUUGAGAAGGAAGAAGAUUGAUUUCAUUGCAGUGGACAAUAACAUUUGGUCUCUCAACCAAAAGAGAAACGCCACUGCUGCAAGGGCUCUUGUACAGAAGUAGAGGUUUAUCUAGUUAUUUAUUCAUGGCUUUAAUAAAAGUAUCUUUUGAAAUGGAUUAAUGGGUCACCUGAUCUGCAACCUCAAUAAAUUUAUACAGUCAAGGAAUUAAAUGUGGCUGUUUCUGUCCACCCUGGCAUUCCAUACUCUCUCCUUGGUGUGCUUUAUUAUUCGUCUGGAAAACCUGGAACAGUCCUACAGGUUUGAGACGGGGUUGGUUGAGAACACGUYCUCAGCGAGUCCCUGCUUGCCUCACCAGCCAGUAUUGGCCCUGCUGAAAGUCAUACAAGAAUUAUUGCUGCCCAGUGCUGCCCUCAAAAAUGGGAAACAGACCUGUAAAUGAGAAAAGUUUGAGAAAAACAGCCUGAAUAAUAGUCUAGGAAAUCUUUGUAUGUAUUAUGCUGUUUUGUUAGCUAAAUCUAUGUAUGUUAAUACAUAUGGAUUUGAACGUAUGUUUGGGCU